GGGAAGAGGGGAGGCGCCAGUGUCAGUGAGAUACAUCUCGAAUAGCGGACUGUACUGGAGUCUUUUAAUCAUUGGCAAUAGAUUUGAACAUUUAUUACAGAAUAAAUCAACCAAGUUUCGUUUUUCUCUGCUGCUGAUAAGAAAGUUGAAUAUUAAUGCAUAUUAAUCGCAUAUGAAUUGAGUGCUGCAUUUAAUGUGUUGUUUUUAUAGUGAAUUUCGAUAUAUAUGGAUUAACAUGUGGAGGUUCUUUAACACGUUUGCGCGAGAUGGUUAAAAAGUCGCGCUUCAGCCUUUGGUGGACGGACAGCUCCUCUCUAUGCUGCCAGGUUGGUCUUUGUCGCAGUGCCAUGCACACCCUCUUCUAUUAUUUCGGUGUAAGUAGCUUACCCUACAGUGUGCACUGUUUGGAAGUGCACUAUAUUGUACAUGCAUGAACUCAUAUUUCUUAAAGAGAUAUUUUGACACCAGUCAGUUUGGACAACAGUGGAAUAUCGUGGCAGACUUGUCAGGACUAGGAAUUGAGCCGUCAGUGACCACGACCACUUGAGAGUGACCGCUUUUUUCAUGUUUUUGGGAGAUGGAAACAUAAACACUGUGUCAAAGUUCAGAAAAAAGCCCAACUCACUGUUUUUGUAUGACAGUAUUUGGAAGGAGUGAAUUCGUGGGACUUGAGUCGGCCCAUCGGACUUAUUUGGAAUUAUUUAAUUGUUCAAUUGUGUUGUGCCAAACUAAUCGGGAUGUCGGAUGACAGGAUGUCGGGCAACUGGUCUCUUUGUUCGGCGACGCCAAUGUUCCCAGCAGUGAACUCCUCUUUUAACUCCUCCCUCCCUCCAUCAUUCAUGGACUGGGAGGCUCCCACCUUCACCGCCGCUGCCCGCGUCCGCGUGGCCGCCACCAUGGUCCUCUUUGUGUUCGCUGCCUUCUCCAACCUCUCUGUGCUGAUCAGCGUGGCACGGGGCCGCGGGCGCCGCCUGGCCGCCCAUCUCCGGCCACUCAUUGCCAGCCUGGCCUUUGCAGACCUGGUGAUGACGUUCGUGGUGAUGCCGCUGGAUGCGGCGUGGAACGUCACCGUACAGUGGUACGCCGGUGAUGCCAUGUGCAAGCUGCUGUGCUUCCUCAAGCUGUUUGCCAUGCACUCGUCUGCCUUCAUCCUGGUGGUGGUCAGCCUGGAUCGCCACCAUGCUAUUCUGCAUCCGCUGGAUGCGCUGGACGCCGGACGCAGAAACAAGAGAAUGCUGCUGGUUGCCUGGGUGCUCAGCUUGCUCCUGGCCUCCCCACAGCUGUUCAUCUUUCGAGCAAUCAAAGCAGAGGGAGUGGAAUUCACUCAGUGUGUGACGCAUGGAAGCUUCCACCAUCGCUGGCAAGAGACGGCCUACAACAUGUUCCACUUUGUCACGCUUUAUGUGUUCCCCCUGUUAGUAAUGAGCUUCUGCUACACCCGCAUCCUCAUCGAGAUCAGCCGUCAGAUGCACAAAGGCAAAGGUGGGGCUCCAUGCCUGAGGCGAAGUGGCACAGACAUGAUCCCCAAGGCCCGAAUGAAGACCCUGAAGAUGACCAUCGUGAUUGUGGCGUCCUUCGUGAUCUGCUGGACGCCCUACUACCUCCUGGGUAUCUGGUACUGGUUCCAGCCGGCCAUGCUUCAGGAGACGCCCGAGUAUGUCCACCACGCCCUUUUCGUCUUCGGCAACCUCAACACAUGCUGCGACCCAGUGAUAUACGGCUUUUUCACACCCUCCUUCCGGGCCGAUCUGGCUGAUGUGAUCCACUGCUGCUGCCGCUGCCGAUCACAGAACAUCUCCCCAAGGUCCCUGGACCGCCUGGCGUGUCGGAGGGGCAGGGCAAGCGGUGAGGCAGAGUCUGAUAAUCCCAGUGGCGACCAGCCAAGUGGAAACCUGGGGUAGAUAUCGGUGGGCCUCUUGUAUAACUGCACUGUAAAAAAAAAAGAUAUAUAUAUUUUUUGAUGCAACCUACAAUUGUAAGACAACCAGUUGCAACAGGAUUGUGAGGUUGCUCCAAAUUUGUUCACUCGACUUUUCAUUUUAUGUUGAGUGAACAUAUAAUUUAACUUGAGAAUAUAUUCUACUUUAUUUGCAUAUUUCCUAGAGAAAUGUUCAUAUUUCCCAGCCUUCACCAAGUGAGUGUCUAAGUGAAUAUGUUAUCUUUAAAAUUCAACUCUUUAUGACAAUACAUUACAUAAAUCAUAAGGCCUUUCUUUGAGGGCCUAAUUAGACCCUAACACAGUAGUCUGAAACUCCUAAUUUACAGGCCACAUCAAACCUACAAGUCACAUUAUGCUGGCUUGCAAAUUGAUGUGUAAUCCCUAUUGGAAUCCAGCCAGAGUGAGGAUAUCCAACAACUGAAACUUUUAAUCACACGCAACCUGCAUUCAGAAUGACUGCGGGGAAGGGAAGAUUGAUUAUUGAGACUACCUAAAUCAUAUAAACUAUCUCAGAAAAGUCCAACUACUAACAGAUUGGAUAAAUUUAGAAAAAUGUUAUGUUUGUGUAGCAUAAGAUGAAUCAACCAAUCAAAAGUACAUGCAAAAACACAGUUAUUAAAACAAACAAUUCUGAAAAUUAACCCGCAGGAGAGCAUGCUGGGAAAUAGGAAAAUGAUGGCAUCGGUUUGAGUUUCUCAACAAGCUUUUACAAAUUCAGCUGACUUCAAGCAGAGAUUGUUGAGGAAACACACUAAAAUAUUAGCUCAAAUUAUUGUAUUUUUGAAGUCCACUCAACUAACAGAAUAAUGCUGAUUAAGCAAUUGGUUAAAUUGUCUUUUUUUUUACAGUGUGUGGUAUACAGAUUUGUUUUACUCACUGAACUCUUUAGUGCUCAUUUCCCAGCCCGAAAUUAAGGGUUAAUUCAACCUGUAUCGCUGAAGUUCAACAUUACAGUGUGAUUGAAAUUUAAAGGAAUGGUUCAUGCAUUAGCAUUCACGGUAAACGAUACAUAUGUCAGCACAAUCGGAAAUUACCUUUACAUUUCUAUUGCGCAAUCUGUAACGCUUCAGCGAUACAGAUUGAAUAGAGACCUAAGACUACUUAACCAAACACGUGGACAAUGGAGACUCCAUUGAAAAAGCUUUUUAGUCUUGGUUUGUGCUUAAUCUGGAUCAGGAAAACUGGCCCUAUUUCCUGUGUCACAUACAGCUACUCAAAGCUGGGAUAAUUUAAGAAAGGAUUCGAGAACAUUACCGUAUUACUGAGGGGAUCUCGCAAGUUCCACUAUGAAUGUAUAGACCUCCAGUGUCUUACACAAAAGACUCAAACACUUCCUUUCAACCAGUUUCUGGGAGAAUAUCUAGUUGACUAGUACCUUCGAUUAAUAGUCCAUAUCUUCACUGAAUGACUUUGUACUUUGAGAUUGCAGUGAAUACCCUGUUUGCAGUACAUGAGAUCAUAUUUACAGAACAGUAUAGACUUCCUAGAAAACCACUCUGCUUCUGACACUAACCAAACAACUCUUAUGUACCCAAGGAAGAUCAAUAUUUGGACCACAUACUUUGGGACUUUGGCCAGGGAAGACAGAACUUUAGGACUUCUUUUGAAUGUCUGUCCUCUGGAUCAUCUCACUGGAGUUGCAUCAAGAUGAACUGUGCACACUUGACAUGUAAUGAGUGUUUGGUUCAACAAUGCAACUCAUUCCUGAGUAAGUCCGUCCACAGGCUUCAUUUAUUUUUUAAAUUGAUGUAGUUCUAUCCUUGACCUGUUCUUGUCUAUUAAUGUUCUGUAUUAUGUCAUGUUUCAUGUUUUGUGUGGACCCCAGGAAGAGUAGCUGCUGAUUUUGCAACAGGUAAUGGGGACCCUAAUAAUAUAAAGACAGAAAAUGUGUUGUGAUACACUGUAGGCUCAGUGGAACUGUUUCUAAUAAAUGUUUACCGCUUUAGUCAAAGGGAAGACAUUUACAAUUUAGGUCUCCGUGGAGCAAGUGACGUUAUCAGGUAGCCCUAGAAAAUCAAACUCCAGUGAGUAGGCAACUGGUCAUAGUUUAAUAAGGAACAAAUGUAUAUACAAAAAUGUGUGUUUUCUCUAUGUCUUGUUGUUCUCAGCCUAAUCGUUUCUGUUUACUCAUCUGAUUUAUUCCACUAUUGUCAUCAUGCCAUGCACGGCUAAAAUGUUCCACUGUAUUUUAGGCUGCAUUUAGACAGUCAGCACAAUUCUUAUCUUUUAUUCACUAAUUUGUCUUUUGACAAAUCACAAAAGCUCUGAAAAAGAUCUGAUGUGAUUGGUCAAAACACCAAUUAGUGGAAAAAUCAUCAGCUUUGGACUGCCUGUCUGAACACGGCCUUCAUGGUCCAGUAUUAAUUGCAUUUGCUUAGAUCCAAAGUGAUGUUUUUAUUAUUUAACCUUUAUUUAACUAGGCAAGUCAGUAAAGAACAUGUUCUUAUUUACAAUGAAAGCCUACCAGGGAACAGGGGGUUAACUGCGUUGUCCAGGGGUCACCCCUGGUGAGACAAAACCGCGACUCAUCAGUGAAGAGCACUUUUUGCCAGUUCUGUCUGGUCCAGCAACGGUGGGUUCCUGCCCAUAGGUGAUGUUGUUGCCGGUGAUGUCUGGUGUGGACCUGCCUUACAACAGGCCUACAAGCCCUCAGUCCAGCCUCUCUCAGCUCAUUGCAGACAGUUUGAGCACUGAUGGAGGGAUUGUACGUUCCUGGUGUAACUCGGGCAGUUGUUAUUGCCAUCCUGUACCUGUCCCGCAGGUGUGAUGUUCGGAUGUACCGAUCCUGUGCAGGUGUUGUUACACGUGGUCUGCCACUGCGAGGACGAUCAGCUGUCCGUCCUGUGUCCCUGUAGCUCUGUCUUAGGCGUAUCACAGUACGGACAUUGCAAUUUAUUGCCCUGGCAACAUCUGCAGUCCUCAUGCCUCCUUGCGGCAUGCCUAAGGCACAUUCACGCAGAUGUGCAGGGACCCUGGGCAUCUUUCUUUUGGUGUUUUUCAGAGUCAGUAGAAAGGCCUCUUUAGUGUCCUACGUUUUCAUGAAUGUGACCUUAAUUGCCUACCGUCUGUAAGCUGUUAGUGUCGUAAUAACUGUUCCACAGGUGAAUGUUCAUUAAUUGUUUAUGGUUCAUUGAACAAGCAUGGGAAACAGUGUUUAAACCCUUAUCAAUGAAGAUCUGUGAAGUCAUAUGGAUUUUUACGAAUUAUCUUUGAAUAAUUAUCUUUUUUUGAUGGGUAUAUUUUUCAUUCACCCAUCUACACACAAUAUCUCAUAAUAACAAAUUGAAGACAUGUUUUUAGAAAUGUUGGCAAUUGUAUUAAAUGAAAUACAGAAAUAUUUAAUUUACAUAAGUAUUCACACCUCUGAGUCAAUACAUGUUAGGAUCACCUUUGGCAGCGAUUACAGCUGUGAGUCUUUCUGGGUAAGUCUCUAAGAGCUUUGCACACCUGGAUUGUACAAUAUUUGAACUUUAUUUUUAAAGUUCUCCAAGCUCUGUAAAUUUGGUUCUUGAUCAUUGCUAGACAGCAAAUUAAGUCAAAACUGUAACAAGACCCCUCAGGAACAUUCAUUGUAUAUUAGGCCUUGUGUUUAAGGUUAUUGUCCUGCUGAAAGGUAAAUGUGUCUCCCAAUGUGUCACGUUCUGACCAUAGUUUGCCUUGUAUGUUUCUAUGUUUUAUGUCUAGGUUGUCUAUUUCUGUGUUUGUUAAGGGCGUGAGCUGGGGUGGGCAUUCUAUGUGGUUUUUUCUAUGUUUGUAUUUUUGUGUGUGGCCUGGUAUGGUUCUCAAUCAGAGGCAGCUGUCGAUCGUUGUCUCUGAUUGAGAAUCAUACUUAGGUAGCCGGUUUUCUCACUAUGGGUUGUGGGUAGUUAUUUUCCGUUUCAGUGUUUGCACCAUACGGGACUGUGUCGGUUUUCAUUUAUUCUCUUGUUCAUUUUGUAUUUUGUAUUCAUUCUCGAUUAAACGAUAUUAUGGAUACGUACCACGCUGCAUUUUGGUCCUCCUCUCCUUCCACCAACGAAAGCCGUUACACAGUGUCUGUUGGAAAGCAGACUGAACCAGAGUUUCCUCUAGGAUUUUGCCUGUGCUUAGCUCCAUUCUGGGUUUUUUAUUUAAGAAAAUACUCCCAGUCCUUGCCGAUGACAAGCAUAUCCAUAACAUAACUUUAGUGCCUUAUUGCAAACAGGAUGCAUGUUUUGGAAUAUUUUUAUUCUGUACAGGCUUCCUUCUUUUCACUCUGUCAUUUAGGUUAGUAUUGUUGAUCCAUCCUCAGUUUUCAAUCAUGACUCUUUUUAAAGUCACGAUUGUUUUCAUGGUGAAAUCCCUGAGCGGUUUCCUUCCUCUCUGGCAACUGAGUUAGGAAGGG